AUGAACAGAACCAAUUCCCAAUUCGGAUUUGCUAUGGGACUGGACCUCUCCUCGGAUGUUUUGAGAGCGAUUGCGUACCAUGAGGGCUACGGCCAAAGAAUUCACAAUCUAUACGCAACCGCGGCAGGAAAUUCGGCCCAUCUAAAAACCCUCCUCAACAACAUGGCAGCCGAGCUGCAAUACAACCUCACAAAUCCCGGCCUAGAUAUAUCCAUUCUCCAACGUGCCGUCACUCAACUCCUCCUCGUGCAAGUCGGAGACAUCAAACUCCACAACACCGUCCAGCACGUCGAGGAUCUGGUUCGAAAUCUCCGUGUCAUUCUCGCGCAUCCGAUGAGUAGUGGGGAUAGGAAGGUGGUGAUGUUUAUCCAGGGACAGGCAGAUAGCGAAAAAGCGAGAUUGGACAAUCUCGUUAGGGAGCGGAAGUUGAGCAUUCUAGCAGGAUUGAGUCAGAGUUCUGGAGUGACAGAGGAGGAAAAGGAAAGUGAGAAGGAUGGUGAGAAGGGAAGAGGGUUCUGGAAGAGUGUUGGUCGGAGGAUUAAGAAGUCGUUCAGUGGUGGGAGCAAGUAA